CCUUGCGCCGUCUCGGCGCAGUGGCUCUCAAAUGAAUUCGCGCUCUCACGAUUUUAUUUCGCAACUCUUCCGCCGGCCCAUCUUAUUCGACCAUUGUAUGCGUGUGUAUACCUAUAUGUGUGUAUGUGUACGAAUUCUUCGAGAACAACAAUAACAAAUGCAGGCGGAAAGCUUACGCGUCCGAGUUUUUCAGCGGAGGCUUAUUGUGUGAUUGCGUGUGGGCACGACGAGAUUUUGCAUUGUAAUUUUAAAUAUUUAAACUUCGCGGGAUUUCGAAGGAUAUAUUUUUGCGCGAUGCCGCCGAAUUGCUGGAAACCCCCGAAAUUCGACUUCUGGGGAUUCUUCAAGUGGGGUAUCUUCACCAAGAGAAGGCUGUCGAUAAACUACGAGUGUAUACCGCUGAUAGCAGUGAACUGCCUGGCAAUAGCGGCGCUGCCCUUCGUCAUCUGGAGCAGGACGUUCGUGACGACGAUCGACGUGACGUUCGGCGGACUUCCUCGCUGGGAGAUACCCUCGCAGCCGACGUUCUUCGACCUGCGCCACCCCCGCAACCUGAAGUGGAUGAAGACCGACGACUGGAAACCGGCCAUCCAUCUGGACAACCGCUACCGGUUGAUGCGCGGCGAGCCGAUGUUGGACGCCAACGGCAACGAGACCGACGAGAUCGGCGAGGACGAAACCGCCGGACAGGUGGCCGAGACUCGUUAGACUCAAGAAAAUUCACCGGUACAUAAGGGAGGAGAAAAAAAAUUUUUUUUUUUCGACAGUACACAUGCUACAUAUACAAUCCAGUCGAGUCAGUUUACUAUAUGUUGCAUAAUCAGGUAACUCGAAUCUCGGGAUACCCUACUAUGUACGCACACAUAGGCGUGUUGUGUACGCGGCUGCUCUCUCGGGUUGCUUUGAAGUUGCGUAAGUAAGUCUGACGGCUGUUAACUUGCGCUCGCUCGUGCGGAUAUAUCGUUGUGAUCGAUUUUUCGACGAAAUUCUAAACCGUAUACACACACCGACGAUGAACAAUAAAGAAUAAAAGCAAAAGCUUGCGUUCCGAGUUUGAGACCUGUUGCGAGAUCUCCGUGGAAAAUUGAACGUCGGCUAUUCCGCUAAUUAAAAGCGUCGAGAAGUUCGAGUCUCGAGUUUUAUUCAGAGGAGGAGCAACGAAGUUGAAGCGAGGAAGAAAAUUGAAGGAAAAAAAGUGCAAAGGGCCCCAACCUUGAGUACACACAGCUCCGCGCGCGGCCUCGAGUGAGAGAGAGAGACAAAAAGGGCUGUGGAAAAGCAGACGAAAGUGCGUCCAAGGACUGCUCUGGAGUAUAGGAAGCACGUGCGACCUCGCGACGCGCAGUUCCUCGAACUCCUCUCUCGCGGAUUGCCCCUUCUCCUUAUAUCUAUAUCUAUAUGUGCGUGUGUGUGUGUAUGUGUGCGCCGCUGGCUCCAGACGCCGGUCUGCCGCGGGUUUUUCUUUCUAUACACACACACACACACACACAUGCACAGUCGCACUGCUCCGAAUUGACUUAGCUCUGUGUUUCUUCGAGGAGAUACUUUCGGGAAAGUGGAUUUUCGAGUGGGGAAAUUAAGUAUACCGUCGCGGUCUGGAAGAUCGUUCCGUCGAGUACUUAAUAGUUAUCGUUUAACGAAUUCUUAACCAAUCGCAUCCAAGCAUAUAGAAGCCAAAACGUUAUACACAGAGGAGACGGAGAGCGUGUAACUGUGCGAUAACGCGCGAACCACUGUCGAUCCAUUAACAGCGUCAAUACACACACACGUUUCUCGGAACACUUGCCUCCAAUAAGAGCUCCCGCGUCGGCGAACCAAUAUACGCUUCUCGAUUAAUUCGUCGCGAGACUAUAUAAGCCUAGAUCCAUAUUAUAGACAACGCGCGAGGAAGAAUCUCAACCUGCCGAAAAAUUCUACAACCGUAAGAGUAUACACUCUCGUGUACAAGCCAUCUGCCGGCCCGCAUCGUGAGAGAGAGAGAGAGAGAGAGAACCCUUUCCUCUCCUCGAGCGCUUCUCUCUCCCGUUUCAGCGCACGCGCUCCUGCUCUUUGUUCGCGCGCGCGCGCGAGCGACGCGUUGCCCCUGGCAACGGCGCCGCGAGAGAUCGCUUUCGAGAAUUUUCCCCUUCGAUUGCCCAUUGUGCGUAAGGACGGAGCUCUGUGUUGAGUGUAAUAUGUGUAGCGGCUAUGCGCACUACUAUAUAUACUGAUGUCGAACGAUGAUGUGUGUGUGUGUAUGUGUGUGAAAAAAAUUUUCGGCGUGUGUAUAUAGAGGUUUUUUGCUGAACCGAGAGUAGCGGAGCGGAGCCGAGCGAUGGCAUGAUUGCGGGCAGUGCCAACUGCGGAAGUCGAAACCACGUGGAGUCGCCGACUUUUGAAGUUAAAUUUACGCUCGAGUAAUAAGAAACUUUAAUAAAAUUUUAAUUCAAACCACUCAAAAUCCUCCCCCCCCCCAUUCUUCCCCUCCCAGAACUCUCUUAUCUCCCCUGGCAAUUUGAAUUUUCGUCAUCAGCAGCGUAGCGCGAGCGAGAACCUCAGCGGUUUUAUCUAGACUCUAGAUCCGCAGAGAGCGAAAGCGAAAGCUUAGGCACAGGCGGCUGAAGCGAAGGCGGAAUGAAAAAAAAAUGAUCGAAUGAAAAUGUGUGUUGUAACGAGAGCAGCGAGGAAUAGAGAGACUGUGGAAAGAGUAUCCACAGCGGUGAAAUCCACCGCGAAAGUCAAUGUCCGAGUAUAGAGUAUAUAGCCACCGAGUGUUUAUAUUUAGAGGUGUUUAGAGCCUUACAAGAUCGCGUGUCGCAUUAAUCGACGAUCGUCGCGUGCCCGCGCGAUUUGUGAGGCAUUUCCGAGGGUAUUAAAAAAAAAGUAGAGCCUCGAAUUUCGAGAGAUUGAUUGUAUAACGAGGUGGACGUAUCGAUAGCUAUAUAGUGUUAAGGAGCGAGGAAAAUCGAUAAGGAAGACACUGGGAUGCAAAGUCUCUAUGCGAAAUUUUCUCGAUGCAUAGUGAGCAGUAAAGUUUCUGGCAGGUCGUAAAGCCGCUACGCGCGGAGCUGCACGUCAGAAGUAUUAUAGAAAUAUAUACAAGACGACGGGCCGUUAUCGCGGCAUCGUUAAAAUUACGAGAUUUAUGUAUACAGGUAUACGGACGGUAAGAGAGAGAUCGUUGGGUUGUGGAGAAACGGGAAGUGUGGCAAAGUGUCUGGUGUAUACAACAACGAGUAUAUAACGUAAGGAGAAAAUUCUACGCUAGACAAUAUACAAGUAACUCUUAUUCUCCUCCUCGAAUUACAUGCAACUAUCUGUGUGAUUGUGUUUGCGUAUGCAGCUGUGUACACUUACAUAUUGCGUGUGUGUAUGUGUGUGUAUAAGAUGGAAGUAUAAACAAUCACGCGAACCUCCGGAGUAAGGAUGUGCUAUUAUUUCACAAGCCAUUAUCUAAUGUUUAUAAAUAUAUGUAGUGCCGAGUAGCAAGAACAAAUCACACACACGUACACGUACAGGCACAAUCGCAAGAGCCGUCUCGCGCGUCGCUCGAGAGAGAAAGAUGCGUAUCGCACACGUAGUCAUCGUAUUCGUCGUUGUCUGAGAUCGCGCUCGCCCAAAAGUGCCAAAAGUUCAGGUAUUAUUAGUAUACGGAUAGAUCGGAAUCAUCCGCGACGUGUGCGUCGCUUUAAAAUAAGCCGCCCACUUUCGAACUCGAAUUUUCAUGCGCUUACGUAAACGAGAUCUCGCGCGGUGAAAGUAUGCGUAAAGCUCGCUAAAGUCCGAUGUUUAUUGACGGCAUUAUUAAGCGGAAUUAUCAUAAGUUGAAUUUUCGCGAGAGAGAGAAACGUGUACCUAGAAUGCGAUAUGGAAUCGCUGUAACUCCGAGCUGUCCGCUAUACGUAUACGUGAUACGCGAAGGUAAACAGAGAGGAUGAGCGAAAAAAGGUAAACAAAUGCCGGACGUACAAGUAUACGUGUAUAGGGAAGGGGAUGAGAGAACCUAUUAUAGUCGGUUCCGAAUCUCGGUUAUACGAAACGACACACUAUUUCGUUCGUGUAUUAUAGCGGAUCGAUGCUGGUUUUAACGUAAAAAGUAUCGAUGUAACAGCUUCGACUCCAGCUCGGGGGCGGCGGAUCGUUGUAUAUAGGUGGUGUAUAUACGAAAAAAAUACCAAUUACCAUAUGUAUAAAAGUCGAGCGACAUAAUUACGUUAUACCUUUGUACAUACAAAAUAUACGAGAAGUAAUUAAAAUAAA